GCUCUACCCCCACCUUACACCCUCCACUCCUGCUUAUAAAAGGAGCAGACUUUGCUCCCAUUCUGCACAAAUCAAUCAGCUCUUCCUUGAAGUCUUAUUCUAUAAACUCUUCCAUUCUCUAUUUUGAUUCUCAAAUACCAACUUAUCGUUCCCUCAUUGUUAAUUACUUGUCUUAGAAAAUGGCAUCAAGCUCAAUGUCAUCCUAUGGCUCAUGGAAUGCUAAGGACAAUAAAGCCUUUGAAAGGGCUCUAGCUGUUUAUGACAAGGAAACCCCGGACAGAUGGUACAAUGUUGCUCAAGCUGUUGGUGGGAAGACCCCAGAGGAAGUGAAGAGGCACUAUGAGCUUCUCCUUAGGGAUGUUAGGCACAUUGAAUCAGGGCAUGUUCCAUUCCCAAACUACAAGAACACUGGAGGGUCAGAACAGGAGAAAAGGCUGAAAAACCUGAAGCUUCAUUGACCAACUGGUGUCAGCAACAAAUACUUUCUUAUUUCUGAUAUUCACCAUCUAGCAGAUUUUCUUGAAUCAUGAUGGUAGUAGAACCUGGUGUUACCUAACAUGCAGUGCCAGUGAUUUAGCUUUAGUGAUUUGAUUACCAGUCAUAAGAAUCAUAACUCAUGAUUCCAUGUUGUACUUUCUUGUCUUCGAAGCUACCUUGAAGAAUCAGCAUCUGUUUUAAUUAGUUCACAUUCUUAAUCAAAUAGUAAUUUUAGUUGCUUAUUUAUCA